AUGGACCCCGAGAGCUGCGCGCCUUUCUCCGUGGGGCCGGCGGCCGGCCCCUACGCGGCCUCUGGGGACGAGCCGCCAGGCCCCCAGGGGACCCCCGACGCUGCGCCCCACCUGCACCCGGUGCCACCCCGCGGCCCGAGGCUGAGCCGCUUCCCGGCUUGCGGGCCCCUGGAACCCUACCUCCCAGAGCCCGCCAAGCCGCCCGCCGAGUACCUGCAGGACCUCGGGGCCGGCCCGGUGCCCAACGGCGGCCACUUCUACGAGGGCCCCGCGGAAGCUGAGGAGAAGGCCUCCAAAGCUGCCAGCUUCCCCCAGUUGCCGGUGGACUGCCGAGGGGGUCCCAGAGACGGGCCCUCUAAUGUGCAAGGUUCCCCAGGCCCCUGCCUGGCCAGCCUGCGUGUCCCUCUUUCCCCGGGACUCCCUGACUCCAUGGAGUUGGCCAAGAGCAAGAGCAAGAAACGCCGGAACCGCACGACCUUCAGCACGUUCCAGCUGGAAGAACUGGAGAAGGUCUUCCAGAAGACCCACUACCCUGAUGUGUAUGCUAGGGAGCAACUGGCUCUGCGGACGGACCUGACAGAGGCCAGGGUACAGGUCUGGUUCCAGAACCGCAGAGCCAAAUGGCGGAAGAGGGAGCGUUAUGGGAAGAUGCAGGAGGGCCGGAACCCCUUCACCACUGCCUAUGACAUCUCUGUGCUGCCCCGAACUGACAGCCACCCUCAGCUGCAGAAUUCCCUAUGGCCCAGUCCAGGAUCUGGAAGCCCAGGGGGGCCCUGCCUCAUGUCUCCAGAGGGUAUCCCUUCUCCAUGCAUGUCUCCAUACUCCCACUCCCAUGGAAAUGUGGCUGGCUUCAUGGGCAUGCCAGCCUCCCCUGCAGCACACCCUGGCAUCUACUCCAUCCAUGGAUUUCCUCCUGCCCUGGGAGGGCACAGCUUUGAGCCUUCUCCAGAUGGAGACUACAAGUCCCCAAGCCUAGUCUCGCUCAGGAUGAAGCCCAAAGAACCUCCCAGCCUGCUGAACUGGACCACGUGAUGGGUUACAUGGACACAGACUGAACUGCCCAUUCCUCUUCCUGCUCUCGCCUGCUCCUAGCCCGUACCUGCCUGGACACCAAGACAGGAAACCAUUCUGCCUCCUUAACCUAGGUGGUUCCAGAAGCUUAAGAGAGAGCUGGGACCCUCAACCUCCUGCAGAAAACAGGCCACAGGGUCUUAUCUCUUAAAACAGGUAGAGCUGCCUAGGGAGAAAGGGACUUCAAAGCAGACAGGACUUUUCCUUAUAAACUGGGUCUCCUCAUUUAAACUGGACUGGAGAAAAGGUGACCAAUGCCUCCUGUUUCCUAAAGAUUGUUUUUAAGUCCAGGGAGCCCAGGAAGAUGGGAGGAGGAUGCAGAGAACAGGGAGAAGCUCUGUGGUUCUUAGAGUUGGCCUCCCUUCUGCCUUCAUACCAGGGGGCAUAUGCUCAGUGCCUGGGGCCAACAGGAGCCCAGAAGGUGAAGGUCAGCUUAACCUGAAGGUGGGGUCUCCUCUGCACCACACAUCCCUCACUUCUGCCCUGUGCCCAAGACUGGCACAGCAUACUGUAACGUCAUUUUUCUCAAAGAGGGGAAGAAAUUCCACCAAACAUUAAAUAUUUGGAUUAGCUUUCAUGGGAUCAGGCCAGGGCUAUGCCAUGGAAACCAUAUUGAAAUGUUGAUCACAAUUUAAAAAAA